AAUGCCAUUUGUUUCAUUCUCUCAUGUUGCCUCUCCGAAAGCUCUCUGUUUCUCUUUUCUCAUCCAUUCACAGGUGGAUGAGAACCACCGUUCCACGGAGUCAUCUACGGUCACGAACGGUUGCCGGAGUUCACACUAGGCUCCCAAAAUGGUCAUUUAGUGCCCUAAAGUUCGAAACCAAGCCCCUUUUUUUCCUAAAAUUUACAACCAAAAACCUAGAUCUUGAAAUCAAAGAGUUACUUCUGGAGACUCUUCACGUUCCUGACGAUCACAGCAUCACCACCAGUGAGACACUCAACCCAAAAGGCCUCUCUGGUUCUCUAUUUUCUUUUGUUCAUGCACGAGCCGAGCUUAUUUUCCAAUGUCCUCCUCAACCAAAAAAAAGGUCACCAUCUGUCAAAACCAGAUCUUUGGCAUCUAGCAGUAAGAGUUUUAGAGAGGGGGACCAGUGGUCCCAGGGGUUUCUCAUGUUGAUAAUGAGAACAGGGGGACCAAAACUGUGCACUGGAUGCACACACGAGUGGCUAAGGGAAUCGGGCGACGUGGGAAGUUUCUAGAAAUCUUGACAGCGGCAAUGGCAGUGUUGGAGAGAUAGGGUUUACAAACAUAAUUUGUAAUAUAUCUGGACCGUUGGUUUUCUUUAGAUCUAACGAUGGAUCUUUUAGUGGC